GUUUGUUUAUGUUCCUUAGCUUAACCUCAUAUUUUGAUAACUGGAUAACCUCACUGUUGGGUUUUGGAGGUUAUGGAAGUGGUUGGUUGUAUAAUAAAAUAAUUUUAAAUAACUGCAAACAAUAGGAAUUUCAAGAUGUCUGUAAGGAUUCUGUCCAGAGUUCUGGGACAAAAGCUUGUACACCAAAGAGUGUUUUCAUCAGCUGCAUCUGAUUCAAGAGUGGUGUUAACAGAUGAUAAUUCAACACUAGUAAUUUGGCAUCCUAAACAGGACUUCCCCUAUGAACAUACAAGGCCUUUGCCUGAAAUAAAACUGGAGGAAAGUACAUCAGUGCUGAAGACUCAGCUGACACCAGAGUUGAUGUCUGUGUUUAAUAAAAAGACCCCCGAACAAGCCAGACAAGAGUUAAUGAACAUCACACAUACAACAAAACACAGGUGGUUCCCAAGAGCUAGAGAUAAGAAAGCCAAGAAGACUCCCAUGGAUAGAGAAUAUUUAUAAAUUUAGUAAACAGCAAUAAAAGUCUUGUAUAGUAAAAAA